AUGACUGAGAAGCAAGAGUACCUUGCUGAAAAUGACUUCAUCGACGAGAAGGUCGAUGCUGAGCGCGCAUCCAUCGUCCUCGAGGAGGAAGAGAACUCUCCCAUCCCUGAGGUCGCUGCUAUCGUCUCCAACAAAGAUGAACCCAACCUCCCCACCAUGACCUUCCGUUUCUGGGUCAUGGCCGUCCUUUUCUCCUGUCUCCUCUCCUUCUUCAACCAAUUCUUCUGGUUCCGGAGCAACCCCAUGACCCUCUCCACCUUGGUUAUUCAGCUCAUCUCAUAUCCCUUUGGAAAGCUCAUGGCUCGUGUCCUCCCAGCUGGUCGCCUCAACCCCGGUCCCUUCAACAUCAAGGAGCAUGUCUUGAUCGCUCUUACCGCCAACUGCGCUGGUGGUACCGCCUACGCUGUCGACAUCACCGUCAUCCAGAAAGUCUUUUAUGGCCAGGACCACGGCUUCCUCGCCAACUGGCUCCUUAUUCUCACCACCCAGACCUUGGGUUUCGGUAUGGCUGGUGUCCUCCGUCGUUACCUCGUCUACCCUGCUGCCAUGAUCUGGCCCGCCAACUUGGUCCAAGUCGCCCUUUUCAAUACUCUUCACAAGGAGGAAGAUAUCCUACCUGGCCAGUGGUCUCGUUUCAAGUUCUUCUGUGUCGCCACUGUUGUCAUGUUCUUCUACCAGUGGAUCCCUGGUUUCAUCUUCCCCGUCCUCUCCUCCAUUGCUUGGGUCUGCUGGAUCGACCCCAAGAACCCUGUUCUCUCACAGAUUGGAGGUCCCAAAGGUAUGGGUGUUGGAGCCAUCUCUCUUGACUGGAAUAACAUCGUCUCGUACUUGGGUUCCCCCUUGGUCGUUCCUUGGUGGGCUCAGGUCAACAUUGCCUUGGGCUUCUUCCUCCUCGCCUGGGUCCUGGUUCCUAUUGCCUACUACACCAACAUGUGGGAUGCCCAGCGAUUCCCAAUGUACGGUAGCGCUCUCUUUAAGACAACCGGCGAUCCUUACCCCGUCCUCAGCGUUCUUAACAAGGAGACCUUGACCUUGUCCCAGGAAGGAUAUCAAGCGGCUGGGUCUCUCCGUAUCGCAACCUUCUUCGCUCUCGAAUACGGUGUCGGUUUCGCCUGUCUUACCUCGAUGAUGACCCACACCUGGUUGUACCAUCGUCACAAGCUUGUCGCCCAGUGGAAGCAGUCUCGCACUCAGUCUGAGGAUAUCCACCACAAGCUCAUGCAGGCCUACCCCGAGGUCCCUGACUGGUGGUACGGCGCAUUGUUCUUCGGCAUGACCGCUGUUGGCAUCUUCACCUGCCAGUUUUAUGGCUACAUGCCCUGGUGGGCCGUUCUUUUGGCCAUCCUUCUGGCUGUCAUUUUUGCUCUCCCCGUCGGUCUCAUCCAGGCCUUGACCAACCAGCAACCUGGUCUCAACAUCAUUACGGAGUAUACCAUUGGUUACAUCUUGCCCGGCGAUCCCAUUGCCAAUGUCACCUUCAAGACACUUGGUUACAUCACCAUGGCUCAGGCCAUGACCUUCACCUCGGAUCUCAAGCUCGGCCAUUACAUGAAGGUCCCCCCACGCUCCAUGUUCUGGGCCCAGCUUCUUGGUACUGUCAUCGCCGGAACCAUCAACCUGGUCACCGCCAACUGGCUCUUGAACUCCCAAAAGGACAUUUGCACCACGAGCAAGGAGUUUGGAUGUCCCAACGCCAACACCUUCUAUUCAGCUUCGGUCAUUUGGGGUGUCAUCGCUCCCAAACUGAUGUUCGGCCCUACAUCCAUCUACACCACGAUCAACUACUUCUUCCUCAUCGGCCUCGUCCUCCCCAUCCCGUUUUACUUUAUCAAGAAGGCCUACCCCAACACCUGGUUGGACUAUGUUCACGUCCCUGUCAUGUUGUCCGCAACCGGCAUGAUGCCCCCCGCAUACCCUUACCACUACACCAACUGGUUGGCUCUCGGUUUCAUCUUCCAGUUCUUCGCUCGCCGCUAUCGUUCUGAGUGGCACUUGCGUUUCACCUACGUCAUGUCUGCUGCCUUCGACUCUGGUGUCGCCUUUAUGGGGCUCCUUUCGUUCUUCAUCUUCAGUCUCAACAACAUCGAGAUGCCUGUCUGGUGGGGUAAUCCUGCUCAGAACAUCUGCCGCCUGGAUAAUUACCCAUUGAUGCAACCCGCGGGCGGCAAGGUUGACCCUUGGGCCGCCGAUCCCACUGCCCCUGACGCCCCUAAGUACCAGUUCUCCAAGCCAUACAAGCCCUAA